AAUGGCGAGCCGCCAUUGGUCGGCCACUACCACGUGAACAGGCCACGAUGGAGGUUCACGACGUUGGCUAGGGAUUCACGAUCGCGCAGUCAGCUGCUUAAGGUCCGGUUGGCCAGUCGCAGCCAGCGAAUAGUUCUUCUCAAGGUAGACGGGUGUAGCAGCCAGGUAGCACCACGAUGGCGGACGACGAGAGAAAACGUCUCGAGGAUGAAAAGAAGAGGAAACAGGCGGAGACGGACAGAAAGAGGGCGGAGGUCCGCGCCCGUCUCGAAGAGGCUUCCAAAGCCAAGAAGGCGAAGAAGGGUUUCAUGACCCCUGACAGGAAGAAGAAGCUUAGGUUGUUGCUGCGUAAGAAAGCCGCCGAGGAAUUGAAGAAGGAACAAGAGAGAAAGGCGGCCGAGAGGAGGCGCAUCAUCGAGGAGCGUUGCGGAAAGCCGAAGAACGUCGACGACGCUAGCGAAGCUAACGUGAAGUCCAUUCUGAUCCAGUAUCAUAAGAGGAUCAUCGCUCUCGAGGGGGAAAAGUACGACCUUGAGUACGAAGUCGCCAAGAAGGAUUUCGAGAUCGCGGACUUGAACAGCCAGGUGAACGACCUCCGAGGUAAAUUCAUGAAACCAACGCUGAAGAAAGUGUCCAAGUACGAGAACAAGUUCGCCAAGCUCCAGAAGAAAGCGGCCGAGUUCAACUUCCGUAACCAGCUUAAACAGGUUAAGAAGAAGGAGUUCACCCUCGAGGAGGAAGACAAGGAGAACGCGUCAAAAGAUAAGAAGAAGCCCGACUGGUCGAAGAAAGGCGAGGAAAAGAAGGAGGAACCAGCUCCGCCACCCGAGCCUCCGCAACCAACGCCAUCACCGACACCCGCACCUGAAGCCGCUCCAACGCCGUCGCCAGAACCCCCAACGCCAUCGCCAACGCCAUCGCCGGUACCUCCAGCCGAGCCAGCUCCUCCAUCGGAACCUGCUCCACCCGCGGAAGGGGCAGCGCCGCCACCACCCCCAGCAGAAGGUGCACCUGCAGAAGGGGCAGCACCACCGGCGGAGGGGGCGCCACCAGCUGCUCCUGCGGAGGGAGCGGCGCCACCAGCGGAGGGCGCGCCGGCCGCACCUCCCGCCGAAGGGGCACCUCCCGCUGAAAGCGCGCCUCCUGCCGAGGGUGCGCCCCCGCCCGAGGGCGCACCGCCACCGGCGGAAGGGGCACCGCCAGCGGAAGGUGCGCCGCCCGCGGAAGGUGCGCCGCCCGCGGAAGGGGCGCCCGCACCACCAUCGACAGAAGGCGCGGCAGCAGCAGCGGCACCACCGGCGGAAGGUGCACCGGCACCGGCACCGCCAGCGGAAGGAACCCCGGCACCACCUCCGGCCGAAGGUGCACCGCCUCCUGCGGAGGGAGCGCCACCUGCAGCGCCAGCCGAGGCUGCCCCAGCUGCGCCCCCAGCGGAAGCUGCGCCGGCACCCCCGCCAGCCGAAGCUAAGGUAAUAUUACUUUUGAAAGUUACACUGAACGUCAGCCCCGUCAUUCGUCCAGUAAUUCGUGGUUCGAAGUUCAUCACAUACGGUAUGUUAAGCACCGGCAUCGUAACUUCGUCAAAGUUGAAACGGACGAAUGGUCAGCUCGCUGCACGAUUACCAUUCGUUCCAUCGUCCGAAUUUGCAUGAAACGUACACAACGGGCAAGCUAGAGUACGGAUAUUAAACACAGAUACGCGUCGAGCCGUAAUCACGCUCGACGAAUCAUCAUGGUUCACGCGUUGCCUUGUCAUCACCGUCGUCAUCACCGUUCAUCGUCAUCGUCAUCGUCGUCGUUAACCAUUAUUUUCGUCCCGUUCAUACACGCGUCACUCUCAACGUCAUCGGUAUUCGUCGGUCAUGCGUAUCUCGAAGAAUGGAAGCUUGAAACCGGAGCGAGGAAGAUAACAAUUGUUGUAUGUCGAGGGGGAGGAAAGAAGAGAGGGGGAAAAAGGGAUGUUUGUCAUUGACGUGUUUUUUUCUUUUUCUUUUUUUUUUUUUUUUUUUCUUCGUACACAAAUCGAGAGAAUCGUCGCCUGGGAAAAUUUUCCACCCCACCGUUUGUUUAUUUUAUCCUCCUAAUAUUACAGGAGGAAAAUAAAUAAACCGUGUUUGUUCUAAGGGGGUGGAAGUGGUCUUAAGCCAUAAGGCUCACGUUCCUACUAUUGAAUUUUCCAUCGAUUGAAAUCGAACGAAAACUAAAUAAAACGAGAUAAAUAAAAUAUGUGCAGUUAUGCUUAUCGCGAUAUUUUUAUGUAAAUAAUAAUAUUAUAAUACGACGCGUUUUAUCGAAGAUUAAUACAAAUGUUUUAUCAACACUUCCUUACACGAGUUGAUUGGAUUUCGUAAUAAAAAAAUCUUUUUUCUGCGAC